UCCAGAGACAGCAGUGGGAACUACUUACGUUUGAUGAACUGUGAAUUUAAUGCCCCUAUUCCUGAGCUCACCGGAGCCCUAGGAUAAGGGAGAAGACAUGGCCAGACCGGAGAAGGGCUCCCUGCAGACUGGGCCAUCCGCCGUACCCCAAAAGCCUUGAAUUCUUAUCUCUAAAGUUCACCAAGUUGAGUCCAGAGCCCACUUGGGCUCCAGCCAGCAAAAAUGGCACUGAUGAAAGUCAAAUUCGACCAGAAGAAGAGGGUCAAAUUAGCCCAGGGGCUCUGGCUUAUGAACUGGAUCUCAGUACUAACUGGAAUAAUACUCUUCAGCCUGGGAAUAUUUCUCAAGAUUGAGCUCAAGAAGAGAAGUGAGGUAAUGAACAACUCAGAGAGUCAUUUUGUGCCCAACUCUCUGAUUGGGGUAGGGGUGCUAGCUUGCAUCUUCAAUGCUCUUGGGGGCAAGAUCUGUUAUGAUGCUCUAGACCCUGCAAAGUACUCCAAAUGGAAGCCUUGGUUGAAGCCCUUCUUGAUCAUCUGCGUUCUGUUCAACAUCUUCCUUUUCCUGGUUUCUCUUUUUUGCUUCCUGAUGAGGGGCUCACUGGAGAGUACCCUGACCCAUGGGCUCAAGAAUGGCAUGAAGUAUUAUAGGGACACGGACACCCCAGGUCGGUGCUUCAUGAAGAAGACUAUUGACAUGUUGCAGAUUGAGUUCAGGUGCUGUGGAAACAAUGGCUUCCGGGACUGGUUUGAAGUCCAGUGGAUCAGCAACAGAUACCUGGACUUUGCCUCCAAAGAAGUUAAAGAUCGCAUCAAGAGCAAUGUAGAUGGACGCUACUUGGUGGAUGGUGUCCCGUUCAGCUGCUGCAACCCGAAUUCUCCAAGGCCCUGCAUACAGACCCAGCUCACCAACAACUCUGCCCACUACAGCUAUGACUACCAGACUGAGGAACUCAACUUGUGGAUCCGGGGCUGCCGGGAGGCGCUGCUCCAUUACUACAGCAGUAUGAUGAACACUAUGGGUGCCAUCGUCCUUCUUGUCUGGCUCUUUGAGGUGACUAUUACAGUUGGACUGCGCUACCUACACACAGCCCUGGAAAAUGUGGCCAAUCCUGAGGACCCUGAGUGUGAGAGUGAAGGCUGGCUGCUAGAGAAGAGUGUGUCAGAGACCUGGAAAUCCAUCCUGGAGAGUUUGAAAAAACUUGGCAAAGGCAGCCAGGUGGAAGCAGCGGCUGAUGAAGGCGGCCAGGCCCCACCAGCCAGCUGAGGUGUCUCUAGGGAGCCCCUGCCAGGGACACCCCCACUGAACAAUGACACACGGGGAAGUGGUGGGACUCAGAGGGACAGUGGAAACUCUGCUCCCAUAAUCUAAUGUACAUUCAUGACUCCCAGUGGAGAAUAACCAUCUUGAAGAAAUAACCCUUUCUCAGCAGGUGGGU